AUGUUGCCACCACUUGAUCUAAGUCUAUAUCUUAUUAUUCCCUUGUUUGUGUUUCUUUUCAUCCGAACCCUAAAGAAAAAAUCCCUUAAAUCACUACCUGGUCCUAAAGGCCUUCCCAUAAUAGGGAACCUUCAUCAAUUAGAUAAUUUAAUCCUUUACAAGCAACUAUCUCAACUCUCUAAGAAACAUGGCCCUAUAUUCUCCCUUAAACUAGGGUUAAGGCGUGCCAUUGUUGUUUCCUCAUCAAAACUAGCCAAAGAGACACUAAAAAACCAUGACAUUGUUUUCUCCGGAAGGCCUAAGUUACUAGGGCAACAAAAAUUGUCCUACAAUGGCUUAGAUAUUGCGUUAUCCCAAUAUGGUGAUCAUUGGAGAGAAGUUAGAAAGAUUGGUGUUACCCAUGUUCUUAGUGCUAGGCGUGUAUCAAGCUUUUCCUCAAUAAGAAAUUUUGAGAUACAAAAAAUGAUAGAAAAAAUAUCUACUCAUGCUUCAUCAUCAUCAUCUUCAAAAGUUGUAAACUUGAGUGACAUGUUGGUGUCUCUUAAUAGCACUAUUAUAUGUAGGAGUGCUUUUGGGAGAAGGUAUGAUGAUAAUGAAGGAGUUGAGAGGAGUAGGUUCCAUGGUUUGUUCAAUGAGUUACAAGCUGUUGUGGCUGCUAACUUUGUUUCGGAUUAUAUUCCUUUCUUGGGUUGGAUUGAUAGACUCAAUGGAAUGCAUAAACGUCUUGAAAGAAUUUUUAAGGAGAUGGAUAGUUUCUAUCAAGAAGUCAUUGAUGAACACAUGGAUCCCAAUAGAAAGACUUUGAAGGAUAAGGGAGAAGAAGACAUGAUUGAUGUCUUGCUUAAAUUGAAGAAGGAGGGUUCAUUUUCCAUUGACAUCACCUAUGAUCACAUCAAAGCAUUGGUCAUGGAUAUGCUUGUAGCGGCAACAGACACUACUUCAGCUACAACUGUUUGGGCUAUGUUUGCCCUAAUGAAAAACCCAAGAGUUCUAAAGAAAGUUCAAGAAGAAAUUAGAAACCAAGAAAUCAAGAAAGAUUAUUUAGAAGAAGAUGAUAUUCAAAAGUUUACCUAUUUUAAGGCUUUUAUAAAAGAGGUACUUAGGUUGCAUCUUCCAGCACCACUCCUUGUGCCAAGAGAAACAACUCAACAUUGCAUUAUAGAUGGCUAUGAAAUUCCAGCCAAGACAAUAGUUUAUAUAAAUGCAUGGGCUAUACAUAGAGAUCCGGAAAUUUGGAAGGAUCCGGAAGAGUUCUAUCCUGAAAGGUUUCUCGAAAAUCAAUAUGAUAUUGAUUUUCGAGGACAAGAUUUCGAGUUGAUUCCGUUUGGUUCGGGUAGAAGAAUUUGCCCUGGAUUGCAUAUGGCAGUUACAACACUUGAUCUAGUCCUUGCUAAUCUUUUAUAUUCUUUUAACUGGGAAUUGCCUUUGGGAGUGAGAAAGGAAGACAUUGAUACUCAAGUAUUGCCUGGACUUGUUCUACAUAAGAAGAAUCCUCUUUGCCUUGUUGCAAAGAGCCACAUAUAGAAGUCACAUUAUAGAUUUGUAAUUAUAGAUUUGGACUUUGCAU